CUGUGACCGUUUACUAAGUGGGGUGUGGGUGGUGGCAGGUGGGCGAGGGGGAUACACGCGUCGGAGCGGGACGUAUGGGGCAGAGGGUGAAUAGAGGGAAGCUCUCAGGCCAUGAAAAAUGAAAUGGGUAGAGAUGAAAAAGUGUUGUGGGCGAGUGUGGCGGCAGUGACGGCAUUGGUAGUGUGACAGUGGUGGUGUUAGAGGUGGUGGGAGAGAUAAGGUGAGGUGCAAUGGGGUUAGUGAAGUGAAUGAGGUGUGCGGUGUGUGGCUGAGCGUGGGUGGUGCCUGGAUAGCAAAGAUUUGUGCUGAUGGUGGAAGGGUGCCGGCGUGUGUGGUGGGUGAGGCCGAAUCACAGCUCGGCCGGUAUUGGUUGCAAGAUAUGUUGGAUGACUGAGGAUGGUCUACAGAGGCGGGCUACGGGUGGUGGGUGAAGGACGACGGUGAGAGAGAGGGUCCUGUUGGUGGGUGAGUGGUGGAGGGUGGUGGGCGGGCGGCUCAGAGCGCCAGAGAGCGGCCGAUCCAGUAGCGUCCUGCCUCCGGUGAGCUGCACAUGGUCUUUCCUCGCUCGCUGUUUGUUACCCCGUCGCUGCCUCCCGCACGACGCCCUCCACGCCUCCCGGCGGCACACUACGCGCACGAUACUGGCAAGGAAGCAGAGUGCAAACGCAAACCGAAAAUGGUUGGAUUGACUGAAAGUUGCUAGAUGAUGUAAAGUUUUCUUUCAAGUUGAAAACGCACAUGAGCGACGGAACGAGUCACGAGCUAGUCUGAAUAACGCAAAAGUUUCCACAGUGACAUGAAUUCCUCUGCUUUAAAAUUAGGGAGCCUAGGAUGACACUAACGCCCGCAGAGUGACGUGAAGGCCCCGGCAGUGACAUGGAAGCUUAUAAGGUAACACUGCAAAACGGCACAGUGAGGUGGAAACUUAUUCAGUGAGACGUUUGGAAUUUUCUUUGGUAACGCGGAGGCUGUUUUGCGACGACAGUCUGUGGCUUCUAGUAAGGGCGAGACUCCUAGAGGAGCAAGGGCCUGCGAGCAGCAAGGGCCUCAGGCUGCCAGCGUCACAGGGGAAGUCGCUGCCCCGGGAGUGAGCCGUGUCCUCUGAAGUAAUGGCAGUACCCAGGCUGCCCGCGCCCCUCAUACUCCUCCUGUGGGCCGUGCGGGCGUCAGACGGGCAGGCGGACAACAGAACAGAAGGAAUGGUGCUAGAGACAUCAGCCCUGACACCACACGCUCAGCACAUGCCUGACAUAUCCUACACCCCGGAGCCACUGCAGGCGCACGACGAGUCUUUCCCAGGGCGUGUGUCAGCGACGGAUCCCUACAUCGACCCUGCCACAGCAACGAAGGUGCGGGCAUACGCUGGGACCACUGCCUUCAUUCCUUGCAUCGUGAACAACCUCGGCCAGCGAUCGGUUUCAUGGGUCCGUCACCAUGACAUUCACGUGCUGACAGUGGGUCGCUUCACCUUCACCAACGAUGACAGGUUUGAGGUGCACCACGACGACGGCAGCAACGAGUGGCUUCUGCGGCUCAGAGCCCCGACCACCAAUGAUUCUGGGACGUACGAGUGCCAGAUCAACACCAAACCAACCAUUACGCAGCUCAUCAACUUGGUGGUGCUAGAGCCGCGGGCGGUCAUCACGGCGGGGCGAGAGCUGUAUCUGGACAGAGGGUCGACACUCCGCCUCACCUGCCAGGUGCUCGACGCCCCAAACCCUUCCGAAUUUCUCCUGUGGUACCACGAGCAAAAGCAGGUAGCCAACUACGAGGUGGAAAAGGUGGAAGUCAGUGUUGGGGCGGACGACAACGGUACGACCAUCAGCACUCUCACGCUAGAGGACGCGCAGGUGCACAACUCUGGCCUGUACACGUGCAGCCCCUCGAACGCCAAGCCAGCCUCCAUCAGGGUGCACGUACUGAGCGGCGAGCAUCCCGCAGCCAUGCAGACCAACUCCUCCCCGUGCCUGCUGUGUCCGAGGACCUCUUCCUCUUCCUUCUCCUUCGUCUACUGGCGGGGGAACUUAUCUUCAUCCCUCCCUUUCUUCACACCGCUCCUAGCACUCCUGGCUCCUUCCUUCAGACCCCUUCAGCAGGCUCUCCUUCUGGCACUGCUCUUCUCAAGUGCCGCGUUGCAGCGGGCGUCCUGAUGAGGCGGCCGAGAAGAGGGAGGUAAGGGGAGAGCGCCACAGCUCCUACACCCCUGUGCAUCACGCCCCGUCUUACUGGAACCCUCCCCAAAGAAAGCACCAAUUAAUGCCCUCAGUACAUCUCAGUACACUCAUAAGUAUACAGCCCGUACCCCACCACCUCGUUCCACACCACGGCACACCCAGUCCACGGACACCUGCUGCGUGGGCCUCAGAUACACUGGCCUGCUGUCCCGGUGCACCACUCCCGUGCACCCGUGAACUCGCGUGUUGGCUCAGGACACCUCACGUCUCCAAGGUUCGUCUCUAGUUCAGUUUCGUUUCAGUCACUGGUCUUCAACUCAAUUAGUUUUUGUUUCACUUCGUCCUCGGCUUCAGAUACCCAGAACUUUGCGUAAAGCCUCGUAAAGAAAGGAAGUGUUGAGCGAAGUGCCUCAGAUGAUACGAGGCCACACGGCGAGCGAGGCAGAAAAACACGACAAAACUGCCACAGUUAUGAAAGGGGCUGGAAAUCGUUCCCAGCCAUCAAGGCGCUGGCGGCUAAAAGUGUUCCAACUAUUUUAUUAGUGUUCUUCACUAUUUUAUUUUAAAUCUCUUUAAAGUAUGAGUAACUGUAUUGCCUUUAAUGUCGAACGAUAUAUAUAUAUAUAU